AUGUUCGAUGUGGCACUGCUGAAGGAUAUUGAACAUAGAGGACUGCGUGAUUGUCGGCUGGAGCGCAUAAAACAGAACAAUGAGCGCAUGAAUGAAAAGGAAAAAGAAGAGUUAAUAGAGCUAGCUAAAGAACUACCAAAAUUGUAUGAAAGAAAUGAAAAGGAAGUAAUACCAACAUUAAUAGCUAGCUUCAUUGAAAGAUAUCCCAAAUCAAUAGAGGGAUACACAUAUUUCAUUAAAUUUCAUUUAAAUAUAGAGGAUUACAAAUCAACAUUAAAUUUUUUAUAUGCAGCUAUAUAUAUAGACAAAGAAAAUAAGUCGUUAAUGUAUUUAUUAAAAGAAUGUGAGGAACGUUUAGUAUCACAGAUAAGUAGAAUACCUAUGAAAUAUAAAAACUUUAUAUGUUACUCAGAGAGUAGAACAGAUAAUGAUGAAAAGUAUACAAAUAGGAGUAGCGAUUAUUACAAUGCGGAUUAUACGUAUGAUGACUUAAUAUAUGAAGAGAAGUACAGAAACAAAAUGCACAUUGUUAAACAGGGACAAUAUUAUAUGGUAUUAGCUAAGAAAGAUUUAGUUCCUGGUGAAAUUAUAAUUCGCACAAAACCGUUUGUAUUAACUCAGUAUAUAUUUUCUAAUCAUUACACUUAUUCUACUUGUUAUCAUUGUUUAAGAGAAAGAAAUAUAUCACAAAAGAGCUAUGCGUGUCCUAUCAAUCCACAUACUUGUUCAUACAUUUUUUGUAAUUACAAAUGCUUAAUAGAUAAUAUAAAAGUCCAUAAAAUUGAGUGUACCAACCUAGGAACAAUUUUAGCUGCUUCUAAAGAGUGUAAGUUAAGCUACUAUACUGUUCUUCAUAUAUUUCGUGUAUUAAUAAAAACAAGAAUAGAUAAAGAGUAUAAAGAUAAAGAACAUACUAUAUUAAGUGAAAUUUUUAGUCAUCAUUCUUAUUAUGAUGCAGUAAAAGAAAAUCAAAAAGAAUUAUUUGAAUCAUUUAAUACUUUAGCUAAUAGAAUUAUUUUAGAAUUCCCUUCUUCAUUUUAUUUAUAUUUAAAACAGAAGGAAUUAGUUCAAUUUAUGUUAAUAAUCUGGCAAUACUCACCUUUUAUUAAGUAUUAUUCUCCUUCUUCCAUUCUUCAACAAGCUAACCCUGAAACCACAUUCGGCUUAGUGUACUCAACCAUACUUGCAAAAAUACAUCAUAGUUGUGUACCCACAUGCACUUUUUAUUAUGAUGAAGAUGGAUAUUUAACUAUUAGAUCUCUAUGUAAUAUACCUCAAGGUGGCAAACUAUGUAUUAGUUUAUUAGCAGAUCAGUACCUACCCCUUAAAAUUAGAAAAAGCUUCAAAAGUAUGCCUCGAAUAUUUAGUUGUGGUUGUAUCAGAUGUUCUGACCCGACUGAGAAUAACCUACAUCUAAGAAGCAUGAAAUGCCCUAAGUGCGUUAUAGGGUAUAUAUACCCAUUAAAGACCCGUUCGUUAGUUGAAGCACUUAAAUUACACUGGUUUGGUCAAAUUAAAAAGGAAACUAUACAUGAUAGGGAAGAACCUUCCAGGAGAGGAACUCCCUCGGGGAAGUCCACAAAAAAUAGAGCUAAUCGAGAUAGCCAAGUGGAUAAAGCGAAUCGAUUGGAAGGAAUGAGCACAUCGAAUGAAGCGAACAUUUCGAACGAAGAGAGCAUAUCGAAUGAAGCGAGCGUAUCUAACAGUAACAGUCGAGCUGCUCGCAGGGGGCGCUCUCCAAAGAGCGGCCAAAUUUUGGUAGAGGAAAAAAAAAAAAAAAAAAUUCUGAACAGACUAGAAAAAGAAAUGGAAAGGUGGGUAUGCGGAAAUUGCGGUAAAAUUUCUUUCAAAGGGAAUAAGAAGUGCAUAAAAUUGGAGAAUAAAAUAUACUUACAAUAUAAUGAGGCAGAACAUAACUACAUGAAUGGUAAUACAAUAAAUGCUAGGAAUCAGCUGUUGCACUUGUAUAAAGAAUUUUUUUACAUAUUACAUCCAAAUCAUUAUAUAUUAUUUAAUACUUGUGUGUUAUUAGCUGGUUUGUUAAGGAAUGAACCAAAUAAACAACUAUUUGAGUCUCUAAGAUAUUUGAGAAAGGCAGUAAUAGCAGCAGAGAAUGUGUUUCCUAUCUGUUCAUUAGAAAAGGUGCAUUUGUACACACAUCUAGCCCAUUAUACUUUUAGUUGUUCUAAUUUAUACAAGCUGUACAAUAAAGGUAUGGGAGUUUUACCUAACCAUGUGAUAGAACCCAUGUACAAAGCUAUAUGGAAUUCUUGUGUAAUCUCAGGAUACAACUCAACAUUAUCAAUAGUACUAACUCAGCAGUUAAGAACAUAUGCCAUCUCGUUUAAUUUGUUUACUCCAUGUAAAGAUAUAAAAUUUGAUAUAAACAGAAAAGAGGAAUUUUGUAGUUUUUACUCUAAGGUGACGCAAAAAAAAAAUGCUCCUUUUAAAGAAAUAAAAAAAGUAGUUGAAGAGGAUUAUUUUUUCCCAAUCUACAUGGCUUGUCAGUGUUUCGAUAUAAAUUUUGAAAAAAAUAAAUUUUUUAAAAGUAUAUUUAUAAGUUUACGUACUAUUCAAUAUUUUGGUAAUGGAUUAAAUGCACUAUGUUUAGCUGCCUCCUUUGGAAAUGUUAAUCUGGUAAAACUUUUAUUAAAAUUGAAAUAUUCUUUAUUUUUAAAAAACGAACUACAUAUGAAUGCUCUUCUGUAUAUGGCUAGCUCCUUCUUACCAGAUGAACAAACUAGCUAUCAUUCGAACUAUUACUACACUUUGUUAAAAGAAAUAGAGCUUCAGAGUGUUCAACUGGACGAAUUUGAAAGAAAUUACUCAAAUUGGAUUAAUGCUCCUCCAAAUAAUGCAAAUAAAACUAAAACGGAAUUAUUAAUAAGUAGUAAUAAUAAUAAUUACUUAAAUUAUUGUCAUCUAAAGAAUGAUAUUGAACAGCCCUUCCCAUUUGAUGUGGUAGUGGAUGAAGAUUUAAUAUAUGGUGAAAGAAGCAAAGAGAUGGACACUAAUCAAAAAAUUAUCCUUACACUGUUUUUAAAAUAUUUAGACAAGAAACAUAUUAAAAAAAAGAAAAAAUUCAAAAAUAGGUUGACACUAAAUGAGCGGAUCAAGUUUGGCGAGGAAAAGCGCUCUCUCAGGAAACACAAGUUCCGGAGAGAGCGUCGGGGGAUGCUUCUGCAAGGGAAAGGGAAAAUCCAUCGUGAUAGUUUCUCUGAGGAAAAUUUAUCAUCACCACCUUCUAUUAUAACACGACACAAGAAAAGCAAGCCAACCGAGUGGCAAGAAUAUUUUGGCAAAAACAGGCUUCACUACGGCAAAUUGAGUGGUAAUAAUAUGAGCAGUGAUAAUAUGAGCAGUGAUAAUAUGAGCAGUGAUAACACGAGCAGUGAUAAGAAGAACAGAGGUAACAUGAACAGAGGUAACAUGAACAUUGGUAACAUGCACAGUGGUAACAUGCACAGUGGUAACAUGCACAGUGGUAACAUGCACAGUGGUAACAUGCACAGUGGUAACAUGAACAGUAGCAACAAGAACAGUGAUAACACGAAUAAUUAUGAUAACGAAGAUGAUAGUAAUAAAAAAUAUGAUAAUCAUAAUAUUUUCGGGAGUGACCCCAGCUACUCUGAACUACCGGACAGUGCAAGGCCAAAGGGUGAACACUGCAAAGACGAUAAGAUGUUAAGGGUAAGAGGCACCUCGAGUAACUACUCUGAUGAUGAACUCUACACAGAGGUACUCAGUUCUUCAAACUUGAGCAUUCUUCGGAAUGGGUGUUCCUCCUCUGGUGGAGGUGCUUCCAGCGGAGGGGCUUUUAACGGAGAUGCUUUCAGCAGCGGUACAUCCAACAAUAACACCUCUAACAGUGAUACUUCUAGCAGUAGCGGCGAUUCGGUAAACUCCGACGACGUCCUGAACAGCAAGGUGAAGAAUUACUACUCGAAAAAAUUUCUAACUCAGUCUAUUUCGCACAGAUUGCUCGGAUUAAACAACGCUCUGCACUAUGCAUGCGCAAGAGGAAAAAGAGAGCUAGCGAAGCAACUGAUAAUUAGUGGAAUGCCAGUUAUGCUAUUAAAUGAUGAAGGAAGUACUCCUUUACAUAUGGCUGCUCUAAAGGGACACACGCAUAUAGUUAAAACGUUAAUAAAUUAUAAGAGUGAUGUGAAUGCCUUAAGCUCCCAUGGGGAAACACCAUUAAUGCUUGCUACGUACGGCUUACACUUUGAAGUAGUAAAAAUUUUAAUUGAGCAUGAUGCUAAAACGAUUAUAAAUAAUAAACAAAAUACUACAGUAUUACAUUGCUUAGUACUAGGUUUAUUACGAACACAUACGAUUUAUUAUAAAAGUAAAACGUGUAGAGAUGAUAUUGCAACGUUAACUAUACAAGGAUUUAGUGAAUUAGGUUCUUCAACAUAUUAUACACAAGCACCCAGUUAUUUAAGUACCAAUUAUAUCACUGCGAACAUACCAAUAAUAGAACAACUGCCCCAUGAUUUUUUUCUUUUUCCUUUUAAAUUAUUACAUAGAGUAAAAAAAGCAGUUAUCAUUAUGAAAUAUUUAAUGAUGCUGUGUCCUAUUUAUCUAUAUGAAAUAAAAAACUCAAAUGGGUAUAAUCCAUUCGAAUUGUUAAAAGCUACUUGGAAAAAAUUAUGUGAGAAGAGAAUACAAGUCAUGGCUAUUUCCGAUAUAAGAAUUUCAUCAUUUAGUGAAAAACAAAAAAAUAUUGUACAACAAGCAUGGACUCUUAUAACGUCUUUAGUUAAUGUUCUUAUUUCUGUUCUUAUACCUGACAGAUCAGUUAUAACCUCAAUUUAUAAAAAUCUGGCCAUUUGCAACGGCCCAAUGGGCGGGGUGUCCACAUCAAAUGAGGCUAAGUCAAGUGAGUCUACAUCAAAUGAGGCUAAGUCAAAUGGGUCUACAUUAAAUGGGGCCAAGUCAAAUGGGUCUACAUUAAAUGGGCCAAAGAGCCAAAAUGUGGUAGGCGCAUCUAAGGGAAGUGCUAAAGAGUCUAGUGAAAAGGAAGUAUCGGAAGCACCGCUUACUACUACAAAAGCUGCACUAACAAUAAAGGAAAAGACGAGUACUUUAAAAAAGGUAUUAUUUAAAAAAAUGAAGCCACCUGGGCCUAAGGAAAAAUAA